AUGCCUAGCUUUUGUGAAGCUAAACCCAAGCGAAAAAAUCAUUACAACAAUAUAACAAAAAUGCCUGCACUCGCGAACGUCACCCAUGUGCCAAUGGAACUCAUGGAACUCAUCACCAACAUGAUUAACACACCCAAAGACGAAUACAAAUGCAGAGCUCAAUUAUGA